AUGUCGGGCCGAGUGGGGAUGCAGCCAUCUCCGAACCGGAAAUCGUUCAAGCAGGCCUGCGAUAACUGUCGGCGGCGCAAGAUCAGAUGCUCGCGAGAGCUGCCAUGCGACAAGUGUCAGCGUCUUCUUCUCUCCUGCUCCUACAGUGAUGUUCUGCGCCGAAAAGGCCCCAAAUUCCGCACGCUCUAUCCUCUAGCGCCUAUUCAUCCGCUGGUAUCACGCCGCCGAGAUGACCUCCACUGCGCUUCGCAGAAGCAUCCACUCGAUAAGGAGUGGCUCUCUGAGCCCGCGGCUUAUGCAUUACCGGGGCCGGGGUCACCUACCUCGCCGCAGUUCACGGUCCCUGACGCCCAGUAUAUCCCUGCCGAACUAUCCGACUCGUGUAUGGGGCUGCCACCCCAGGAACUAGUCUCCUCUCCCGACUCGACGAACUCGCUGUCGGAUUCUCUCAUUGCUGCAGUGUUCCCGUCGGCGCGACGUCUGUCCGCGCCAGUCCUGCUGGCCCAUGUCAAUGUGUUCUUGAAGUAUCUUUUCCCGAUUAUGCCGGUGGUGCGCAGAGAAAGGCUGCAGCAGGAUUCUCACCAGCCCGAGCAAUUGUCUUCCCAACGAUAUGCGUUUUUAGCCUCGCUCUGUGCAGUCACACAUAUUCAGCUAAAGCUAGACGGUGCCACAUCGGCUUCCAACCCUCCGAACCCGCAAGCUAGCAUCGAUGGCCAUUCGGUCAUGUCCGGGGAGGAAUUACUGGCCGAGGCCGUGCGCGCGAGGAAAGACUGCGAUCCGGUCGAAGGAAUGAGCAUCGACAGCUUGCUUACGUCGUUUUUCCUCUUUGCGGCGUACGGCAAUCUGGACAGACAGGACCACGCCUGGUUCUAUCUCUGCCAGGCGACCUCCAUGGUCUUCACGCUCGGUCUCCAUCGCGAAUCCACAUACUCCGAAUUGAGCGCCGAAGACGCCGAAGAAAAACGGCGCAUCUUCUGGCUGCUAUUUGUGACAGAACGCGGCUAUGCCCUGCAACAAGCAAAGCCCGUCAUGUUGCGCAAUUCCAUCCAUAAACCCCAAGUCCUCUCCUCCAACGACCCCAUCCUCGCCUAUGGCUUCAUCAACCUCAUCAGCAUCUUCGAAAAGCUCACCGUAAACCUAUACGACUGGGUCUCCGCCGGCGGCGGCGACGGCAUCUUCGAAAUGCCUCCGACCUCGUCCAUCCAAUCCAGCCUGUGCAAGUCCGUCUCGCUCGACGGCGUCUCGGAGAUCCAAAAAGUCGACAUCCUCAUCACGCAGCAAUGGCUUCAAGCCAUGAUGUGGAAACUGUCCAUGACGCGCGCCGCGCAGCCCGGCUCCCGCGACGAAACGGUCCUCCCAUUUCACCUCCCCGUAUUGGUCGGCAAAGCCGUGAUGGGCGUCAUCGGCGCCGCAUCGCAAGGCGCCGUCGAUGCGCAUGGCAUCGGAAUGGAACAAAAACUCUUCGACCUCGGCACCUCCGUCGCAGACGUCUCCCGCUCCCUCAACACCAACGCCGCACAACGCCUCGCCGAAUCAGCCGUCGACCCGCGCGACCUGCUCUGGGGCAUCCUCAACACCCUCGCGCGCAUCCGCGGCUCCGAAUCCUACCUCUUCCCGACCCUUCUGCAGCGAUGCAAGGGCAUUCUCGGCUUCGAAGGCCCCCUCUCCUCCAUCAGCAGUACCAAUCUCAAUCUCAACCUCCUCCCUCCCGCCGUCACCGUCGCCGAUGCCGGCCCCUCCGCGACCGCACUAAGCCCCAGAAACUUUUGCUGGGGUAUAUGA